AUCGUCUUCACUGUUGAGGAAAGUAACUUUAUUGUUAUUGUAGUAGGAGCCCACGAUCACAGUGUGGAAUAAUGUUUUCAGAUCCAAUGAUUACUGGGCAGCUCAGUAAGCCUUUGCUAUCGCUCCGGAGUGAAAUGAGCGCAGAGCUGAGGGGUGAGGACAAAGCGGCCACUUCAGACAGCGAGCUGAAUGAGUCUCUGCUUGUGCCUGCAGAAUCAAAUGACAGUGAGGACACUCCCGGCAAGCUCUUUGGAAACAGAGGAAGUGUGGUGCAGCCUGACACAGGCAGUGGCACGGCCGACCAGACCCAGCAUAACCAGAGCCACCCUGCUUACCCUGUUGGACCACAGCCUUUGUUGGCAGCACAGCAGCUGGCAUCGGCGGUGGCAGGGGUGAUGCCCGGGGGCACUCCAGGCCUCAAUCAGCCAAUCCUCAUUCCUUUCAACAUGGCCGGGCAGCUGGGUGGACAGCAGGGCCUGGUCUUGACUCUCCCCACUGCCAAUCUGACCAACAUUCAAGGCCUGGUCGCAGCGGCAGCAGCAGGAGGCAUUAUGACGCUACCAUUACAAAACCUUCAAGCUACCUCAUCCCUGAACUCACAGCUCCAGCACUUGCAACAGUUGCAGCAGCUGCAGCACCAGCAACACCAACAGCAGCAGCAGCAGCAGCCGCCACAACAGCAACAGCAGCACCAAGGUCAGACACACCAGCCACCCCAGAGCCAGCAGCCGUCGCAGCAUCAGCAGUCUCCUCCAAGCCAGCAGUCGUCCCACAGCCAGGCACAGCCGCCACAGACCCAGCCGGCUGCUGUGUCACCGCCCCAGAAACAGAACCAGUCGCCAGGACAAGGCCUGCCCUCACCUCUCACCCCGCCCACCCCUCUCCAGCUCAAUCCACUAGCCAGCCAGGCAGCAGCAGCGGCCGCAGCAGCAGCUAUGGGAUCCAUAGCCAGCUCACAAGCCUUCGGCAGUGCCCUGUCUGGGCUUCAAGGAGUCACAGGGCAGCUCGUCACCAAUGCACAAGGACAGAUUAUUGGAACUAUCCCACUGAUGCCAAACUCCGCUGUGCCAUCCAGCCAAGCAGGAGGAGGAACACAGGGGCUCCAGGUUCAGCCGAUCACACCUCAGCUUUUGACCAAUGCCCAGGGCCAGAUCAUCGCAACUGUCAUUGGGAACCAGAUCUUGCCAGUCAUCAACACCCAGGGAAUCACACUCUCGCCAAUCAAGCCCGGACAGCAGCUGUCCCAGAGCCAGCAGGGGCAGGUAGGCCCGGCAUCCUCCCAGGCCAGCCUCCUCCACCUUCCUCACAGCCAAUCCUCGCUGUCCCAGAGCCCGGUGCGUCAGGCCUCCUCCUCUUCCUCAACAUCUUCUUCUUCAUCAGCCCUCAGCGUGGGACAGUUGGUCAGCAAUCCCCAGACAGCUCCCAGUGAAGUGGACGGGGUGAAUCUGGAGGAGAUCCGAGAGUUUGCCAAAGCUUUUAAAAUCCGCCGCCUGUCGCUGGGGCUGACACAGACUCAGGUGGGACAGGCUCUCAGUGCCACAGAAGGCCCGGCAUACAGUCAGUCAGCCAUCUGCAGACACACCAUCCUGAGAAGCCACUUUUUCCUACCACAGGAAGCCCAAGAGAACACUAUAGCUAGCAGUCUGACAGCCAAACUGAACCCUGGCCUUUUAUAUCCUGCCAGGUUCGAGAAGUUGGACAUCACCCCAAAAAGCGCCCAGAAGAUAAAGCCAGUUCUGGAGCGAUGGAUGGCCGAGGCAGAGGCCCGCCACCGCUCCGGAAUGCAGAACCUGACAGAAUUUAUCGGCAGUGAGCCCUCUAAAAAACGCAAGAGGAGGACAUCUUUCACCCCCCAAGCGCUGGAGAUUUUGAACGCCCACUUUGAGAAGAACACGCACCCUUCUGGGCAAGAAAUGACAGAAAUUGCCGAAAAACUGAACUAUGAUCGGGAAGUUGUCCGUGUCUGGUUUUGCAACAAGAGGCAAGCGCUGAAAAACACAAUAAAGCGUUUAAAACAACACGAAUCUGGAACGCCUGUCCCAGUGGAUCCUCUGACAGACUCGCUAGAAGAGCAUUCCUAAACAAAACGCAACAGAAGCUGAAACAAAGUUCUGGACUUAAAAGGGUUCCAAAUGAGGUCACUAGUAAGUAAAGACAGAAAGCCGUUCAUGGGCAGUAGGAUUCCCCACUGACCAUGAUCUAUUUUUCAACCAACCAACCAGUCAACCAACCAACCAAUGACAAGAAACACAGCACUUAUUGUGUCAGAGUGUGAUUGUUAAAACCAACCCUUGAAAGGACCUUAACCAAAACCAAAAAAUAAAAAAGUGUACUAUUUCUGUGAACAAACGUGUAAAAAUAUUUAAAAAACCCUGUUUUGAAAAGAUUUCUGAAAAGUCUGCCAUGUGGAGUGGAAACUGGAUUCUUUUCAGGCACCUGAUUCUGUACUGAAAUUUCAGUAUGCGAAAGAAAAUAGACAAACAAAAACUACUAACCAAAGUAUGAAAUGUUGCAUUGAAUUUAGAUUGUUAGCCUAUUUUCUUUUUUUUUCUUUGGGUGUAAAAGUGUUAAACAAUUUUUACAUUUGUACUGAUAGAAAAUCAAAUGAUUACCUUUGGAACAGGGAUUACAGUAUAUCAUUUUUUAAUGUUUAUUUUAGUUUGGUCUUAUGCCAGCACUUCACUUGGAACACUAGUUUUUUGCUUGUCUUAAUUUAUAUGUAGGUGAGUAAUUAGAGUGCCAUAUAGAGAGAUAUACUGUAUAUAUACUUUUUUGUACUUAUUUACAUCUAAAACACAACCUCAAACUGGCUGUAUUCAUCCUGUGGGUGCUAUUAUUUUAUGCCACUUAUUUAUGAUAACAAAAUGUCACAUUUUUAUUUUGUCCUCAGUUGUUAUUCACUGUG